CGCGGUCCCCAUCGACUUGCAGAAGGUGCAGCGAGGGCGCCGGCAGGCGAACGAGUGGUGGGUGCUUGUGCAUUGCAAGUCCUGACGAUGGAACAAGAGCUCCCGGGUGGUGUGAAGGCAUUAACGGCAUUGGAGAGACACACGAUUGUCGCAGCUGUGUCAGUCGUCAUCAUGCGUUAUCGCAUUGAGAGAAUGACAACUCGCUUGAGGAUGAGAUUGUCCGUUCGCAGGCAGAGGCAGCUGAUCCAACAAGUGAUGGAUGCACUGGAUUGUGUGUCGUUAUCGGAAUCCAUUGUGCAAUUCUGUUGCGCCAUGGCAUCGGUUGUGAUCCUGCGGGCGACGCCGAGAUGGUGGAUGAGGAGAAGGAUGGGAGGGACAUGGGAGGAUCUUCGACAGGUUGACGACGUGGCGAAGGGCUACUACAAGGAGAAGCUGCGGAGUGGAGUAGUCAAUGGCGCCCGUCGGCUGUCUGCUGGAGGUUUCCCGCCUGUCCAUCGUCGUCUUCCUCAUCGUUCGUCGUUUUUGUCUGCUGCCAGGACCUUGCACAAGGACGCACAUGUGGAACAACAUGGCAAGGACCUUGCACAACGACGCACAUGUGGAACAACACGGCAAGGAGCAGGAGAAGAGUGGCCAGCAGCACGAGCGGGAACAAAGUUUGAAUUUAAGAAUUAGUGAAUUUCAACUUUCUUGCAAAUCAACAUUUUCUAAUUCG